UACUGUGAGGCUGCUGCAGAGGGAGAGAGACGCGCACACGGGACGACUGUCGCACACACCAACCUCUGCGGGGAGAUUCCUGCAACUUGCCUCGUAUUUUGAUGAGCAGCGACUACUCGUGGUAUUUUCCAAUCUUUUUUUUCCCAACACUGGAUAAAGGAAUAUUCAGGGAUAAUUAACGGGUAAAGUUGAAGAGCCCGAUAAAGGAUGACAUUUUCGCGAUUUGUUUCUACAUAGAGACAGCUCGGUCCGACACGGAGGACGCGCACUGCGCACAGCGCUUUUGGAUUUACGCACUUUCUUCGAUCAAAAUUAUCAUCAUGAAAUGUGCUGCUUAGUUAAAUUCAACUCUGCGGCCACUCGUUACAUGCCUUCGUCCCUCUUCAAGCCCCGAUCCAGAUGAGAGAUCUUCCCGGUGGACCUGAACCUCUGUUACGCAGCCAGUCCCCGGAGCGCACCACCGCCGACGUCAGCGGUGAUCCACACCGGACAGGAGCGGAGAAACCGUCCGUUUCCACAUCUACGUCUUGCCCUUGUCCCUCGGAUCCCUCGCGCCAGGCCAAAAGGCUUCCCAUCAGGGUCGUAAAAAUGUUGACUGCGCACAGCGGCCACUUGCUGCACCCAGAGUACCUCCAGCCCCUCACAUCCGCGCCCGUCAGCAUUGAACUGGAUGCCAAGAAGAGUCCUUUGGCUCUGCUGGCCCAGACCUGCUCUCAAAUUGGCAAACCAGACCCCCCCUCUUCCUCCAAGUUGGCCUCUCUAUCCUCCGGUAGUCUGGGAGACAAGGAGUCCUCCAGUCGGUCAGCCAAGCCUGGAGAGCAGCACCAGUCCCUGGAGGACAAGUCCAGCUUCAAGCCUUACUCCAAGACAUCAGGGGACUGUCGUAAGGACGUUCUUGUGACAAAGGGGCCCUCAGAUAAAGCAUCUUUUAGAGUUCCAAAUGGAAACUCUAGUGGUGGCAGAGAUACGUGUCCAACCUUUCCUUCUCAUUCACGGUCGCCCAGUUCCAGCUCUCCUCCCCUGCACACUCAGAGCCAGCCCCACAGACAGAGUCAUUCCCCUUCCACGCAGCCGUCGCCACACUCCCAGGCCCAGCACAUGGACAACAAACCGGGGAGUUCAGAGCAGACCAGCUCGGACAGUAACAACAGCAGUGCUGGCAAAAAAGACUCAGAUGCCUCUAAGUCAGGGAUGGAUGGGGCUCAGUUAGCCAACUCGAGCCACGUACGGGCCAGCGCCAACUCCAGCAAUGCCAGCUCUGCCAGUAGCCCACGGCCAGAGAGCAAGACCGACACGCAGGUCUCUUCUCAGUCUGGCCUGGGGUCUGGGCACAUUGCCCCAGUCUCCCCUUUUAAACCUGGACAUUCUGUCUUCCCCUUGCCUCCUGCUAAUAUGGGCUACCACGGCUCCAUUGUGGGGGCCUAUGCUGGUUACCCCUCCCAGUUUGUUCCCGGCUUGGAUCCUACCAAGUCUGGUUUGGGCUUAGGACUUCCAGGGAAGCACCCCAGCUCCAGCCCACUCACUGGAGCCUCACCCCCAUCUCUGAUGCAGGGUUUAUGUCGGGACCCUUACUGUCUGAGUUAUCCCAAUGCACCCCACCUAGGAGGCAGCAACUGCUCCACCUGUGUCCAUGACCCCUCGAGCCUCAAGUCUGGUUUUCCACUUGUUUACCCUUCACACCACCUUCACUCCUUACACUCCAACUCCUUGUCCUCCAGCACCACCCCCACCCUUUCCCACCCCCUGUACACGUAUGGUUUCAUGAUUCCCAAUGAGCCGCUGCCCCACGCCUGUAACUGGGUGUCUGUUGGAGGUCCCUGUGACAAACGUUUUGCCACGUCAGAGGAGCUACUAGCCCACUUGCGUACUCACACAGCUCUGCCUGGAAUGGUGGACAAUAAGCUGUUGUCAGCCUAUCCUUCAUCUGUCUCAUCUGCAGCUUCCUGCCAUCUCCACUUGCCCCCACCCAGCAGCCCAGGUACCCUGCCAAGCUCCUUCUCCCUCCGAGGCUCCCCUGGUUUGGGCCUGGCCCGCUACCAUCCCUACAGCAAAUCCCACUUGUCCGGAGCACCAGGACUUCACAUGCCAUCCCUCCCCUCCUCCUCAGCCUAUUACUCCCCCUAUGCCCUCUACAGUCAGAGACUGGGCUCAGCCUCGGCUCUUGGAUACCAGUGAUAUCUGAAAUAACGUUAACACCCACAGACUGCAGGCACGAGCUUGAACUCUCCAGAGCGGCCCUAAAGAUGGAUUCUCGAGAACGGGGGUUAUCACCAGUACAGGGCAUCAUGCCCGCUGGCUCGCCUGCCAGGAAUACCACCUGUUAGCCUCAGGAUUGUGACUGGUGCUCCAAAGGAAAAAUGACUUUGAUGGAUUGUCUGCAGCAGAAAAGCAACAGACUUUAAUGAUUAAAGAUGGCAGGAGGCAGAGCUUGAAAAUGAUGAAAUUGUGGGAUUAUUACAACAGUCUUGAUUUUCUUUCUUUUUGUUUUGCUUUUCUUUAUAUCUGUCUCCCAGAACUGAAAGUCUGUAUUUAUUUUUCACUCAAGCGCUUGGUAUUCAACUCUGAGGGGGGAAAAUUUUGCUGUCCAAAUAAGUUGUUCAUAAGUAUUCUAACUGAAAAAGAAUGAUUUAAGUAUAGUACCAUUAUGCCUAUCAUACACUCUAAAAAUAAAAAUGUUGCACCACGA